ACAGACCAUCAUGUUGUCCUGCGUCAUUUUCGUCAGCUUGUUUUUAAGGGCGGCGCAAUCCCAAGAUUCCCAUCCCUUACAGGCCGUCAACUCCAUUAGCGAGUCUUGUGACUCCUUGUGUUCUUGCGAGGCAAAGGACGGUAUCUUCUAUAUUAACUGCGAGCAGAGAAACAUCAGUACAAUCUCCCAAAUAAAAGUUCUGUCAAAUGUCCCCUUCCAUUUGAACCUUUACAAAAAUGACUUGGUUGAGCUUCGUGCAGAAGAAAUGAUAGUGCUCAAGAAUGCCCUUUCUCUACACGUCGGCGGUAAUAGCAUACAAGAGUUAGAACCAGGGGUCUUUAGUGCUCUUGGUUCGCUGAAAAAACUCCACAUCAAUAGAAAUUUCCUCGUCACACUCAAAGAGGACACUUUUCAAGGCCUGGGGAAUCUGGAGUUUCUCCAAGCGGACACAAAUUUCAUUCGGGUCAUCGAACCAGGGGCCUUCAACAAACUGAUCCGCCUCAAGGUCCUAAUCCUCAAUGAUAAUUCCAUUGAGUUUUUACCAAACAACAUUUUUCGUUUUGUGCCUCUCACCCACCUGGACCUGCGUGGCAAUAAACUCCAGACGCUGCCUUAUGUUGGCUUUUUAGAACACAUCGGACGGAUUAUGGAACUACUCUUGGAGGACAAUGACUGGGUGUGUGACUGUGAUAUUUUGCAUCUAAAAAUCUGGAUGGAAAAUAUGAGGGGGCAAUCUGCUAUUGGGGAGGUGGUUUGCAGCACACCACACAACUUCAAGGGGACCAUUUUAGCUAAAGUCAAGAGAGAAAUUCUCUGUCCAUCCCACGUAGAUAUCAAUUUAGAGGAGCCCUCUAAGUCACUGGAUAUGGUUGUCACACCAUCAUCCAAAGGGGCACAGAUUCCCAAAUUGACUGAUGCCAAAGAUGACGCCAAGCAACCAACACCAUCUCACGUUCCAGGUAGUCCUUGUGUAGAGCAUUGUUCAUGUCACAAUUACCCAGUGACAGGGUUUUUGAUGCAUUGUCAAGACAGAGGAAUUCAAAAGGUUUCAGAUAUCGGAGUACCUCCUCAAAGCCCAACUAAAUUGGUAAUGACAGGAAAUAUGAUUCAGAAACUCUACAGGUAUGAUUUUGUUACACAUGACGGCUUGGAAUUGCUCAACUUGGCAAACAAUAGGAUUGAUUAUAUUGACAAUGAGACUUUCCUUAGCUUAAGCAGUUUAAAGAAACUGCAUUUGAAUGGCAACCGAAUUGAAAAACUGCACUCCACAAUGUUUGUGGGUCUCCACAAUCUCGAAUACUUAUAUCUGGAAUAUAACCUUAUCAAGGACAUUGCUCCAGGCACAUUUAAUCCCCUGCCCACUCUUAAUCUGUUGUCAUUAAACAACAACCUGCUCAGCUCUCUUCCUGCACAGAUAUUUCGCAAUGCACCCCUCACCAAAUUAAAUCUGAGGAAAAAUCUGUUUAUGCACCUGCCAGUGAGCAACGUGCUUGAUCAACUCGACUCAUUAGAGUUGAUUUAUUUAGAGGACAACCCUUGGGACUGCAGCUGUGACUUGUUUAGCCUGAAACAGUGGGUAGAAAAACUGAGAAAAGACACAGUAGUGGGCUCCAUUUUGUGCCACACCCCAAAGAAAGUGAUGCAGGCUGAUCUUAGAAGCCUUCGUCAUGAAGUGCUGUGCACCGGUUUGGGCACCCACUCAUUGGUUCCAGAUGGAGAGGAAAGUGUGACUGCCACGCUGGGCCCCGAUGGCACUGGCAGCGGCUUGCUCAACUCUAUCACAGACACCGUGCCACUCUCAGUGCUCAUCCUGAGCCUUCUUGUUUUAGUCCUCAUGGUUAUAUUCUGCUCAGCCGGGCUGGUUGUGUUUAUGGUGCACAGGAGGCGCCGCAGAGCAAAAAGAAAAGUAGCAGGAGAUCAUCCAAGAGAAAACAGCAGCAGCAGCCCCAUCCACUUACAUUAUAGCAUGUAUGGACAGAAAACCACACACCACACUCUGACACAAAGACCCGGGUCUGCCACACUGUAUGAGGAGCGAUCGCACAGUCCCAUUGUGCAGAUAUGUCGCAACCCCACCUACUGCUCUCAGCACAAAGAUCGCGAUACAGAUCUGGAUUUUGGCGUAGACCAAUCUAGCUCCAAGAAUCAUGUCUGCCGGAGUAUCAUGGAGAAAGAGAACACCUCCCCACUUACAGGAAACCCGAGCUCCAAGUUCAAACACAUGGCAGGGGAAUGCCCGGCUGAGUUUGUUACGCUUGGAGACCCCAACUCCUUGUAUAGGAAUAUCCUGGAGCGAGAGAAAGAGCUGCAGCAGCUUGGUAUAACGGAGUACCUUCGAAAAAACAUGGCCCAUCUUCAGCCUGCUGUAGAAAGGCAGGUCCCAGGGCACCAGGAGGAGUUAAAGUUAAUGGAGACAAUUAUGUACUCCCGGCCGCGUAAGGUCAUGCUCGAGCAAACUAAGAAUGAGUACUUUGAACUCAAGGCCAAUUUACAUACUGAGCCAGACUACUUGGAGAUUGUAGAGCAUCAACCGGCAUAUAACUGAGCUCCAUCAGAAAUAGAGACCAAGUGUGACGUUUUGAAGCAAGUGCCUUGCCCUCUUUGCCCUCUUCUAUUUUCCACAGUGUGAAAUUAUCUGUAACAGGCACGUCACUUUAAGUCAAACUGUAGCACAGAAUGUAACUGCGCAGAUAUUUUAUUAUCCAUUGACAGCCAUGUGAUGUAGCCUGUGGAAGGUGUACUUUUUGGGGCCAAAUAUAACAUAAAUAGACUAUUUUCUUAACCCAUCCAGCAUCCACAGCUUGCAGAUGAAUUGAUCAGUAAAGACUCUGCCCUCAUCCAGCCCACGCCCAUUCGUUCAGGAUAAAGCAGAUGUUAGAAAACAGUGAAUUUGAAUCACCACUUGACCUAGAAUUGCCGUUUAAUCAGUCUAUCCUCACUCCGGGUCUGACCUGAUUACACUCUCUGUCAACAUAAGCCAGCUGGAUUGCUCGAACCGGAAUGCUCAUUGUGCCAUGGGCCAGGGAGUGUAUCUUUGGUGGUGGGUUUUUCGGGUCAGCAACAUACUAAGUGUACAUCAGAAAUACAGAAGUAUGGGUAUAAUGUUUUCCCUUGUCAACUCUCCUGUCAUAUACACUGAACACGUAUCACAGAAUAUUUAUUUUUAUACAAAUGUGUGGAUAGGUCACAUAGAGGAAGGUUUCUUUGUCUAAAUAAACAAAUAGAGCACUUAGAAGUACAGUCUGUUAUACAGUACUAUUGUAAAAUGCAUUGCACUAAUCAGAUGCGACAAGAUAGUGCAUGACAAUCAACUGAGUCCUGCUGAUAUUUUUUUCUUCUUCUUCCUGCUCCAAAAAAUACAGACGUCACAAUUUGUCUAAUCCGAACCAAUGUUGUGAACUGGACUGGAAUGUUGCAAAAGAAUGCAUUUCCCUUUUAUGACUCUUAUAAGCAAAAGACAGUCAGCGACUGACAUUCUAAACUUGGACAUUAUUCAGGAUUCCAUAUAAGCACACACUCUGUAGCUUUUUUACCUUACUUGAUUGAAUUAUUUAUUCUGUACAACUUGUAAAUAGUCAUGGUGCAUUCUAUAUUUUGGUUCUGUGUGCCUUCAGUGCUGUACAGACCAUAAAAUGAAGUUGUAACUAAUGAACAGAAAAAUAAAGAAUACAACAUAAUUAUGGGCAUGUUAAUGUGUGUUUAAGUAUUGAGGAGGG